UUCUGCUGAGGGAGAAAAUCAAGGAACCGGAAAAUUUCCAAUCUGUAAGAAGCAUCAAUUGGAGCAUGUUGCGGAAAUCAGUGAAAUAAAUUACACAUUUUUGGAAAAUGGUACUUCAAAUUCCGCUCGGUGCAAGGCCAUUUCUUAUUUCAUGUCAAUGGGGUUUGAUGAAGAGUUUGUAGUGAAGGCAGUUGAUACGCAUGCUGAAGGAGACGAAGUAGGAAUACUGGAUGCUUUACUUGCUUAUAAUACUCCUGAUGAAUCUCCAACACCAGGCGAACCUUUCCCUUCAAAUACUCAGGCUGGUGAUAGAUCUCUUCCACGAGGCGAAGCUGUCGUUUCCGAUCGUUGUUCUCCAGAUAUUGAAUGGGAUGAUGAUCUGGAUGAAGACUCAGAUUUCUCGAGCAUAGGAUGUCUCCGAAAUGAGGAGACCUUGGAACAUAUGACUGACAGGGAUCAGAAAAUGAUGCAGCUACUCGAGAUGGAUUUCCCCAUUCAAGAAGUUAUGUCAGCUAUUCACUCAUGUGUUCCAGAAACCCCAAUAUUGGAACUCAUAGAUUAUAUCCAUGCUUCUCGAAUGUUGAAAGAGGAAAGCUAUAAUCAUCAGCGCGAACAUCUUGCAAGUUUCAAUGAUGACAGAUCAUCACGACACCGAAGAGAAGGGUUAAAGAGGAAGCGUCAAAAUGAUGAUGAACAAACACUCAAGCCGAGAGCAAUGAUUGAGUUAAAGAAUAAGCUACCAGAUUCAGCUAUGGGGUCUCCGUAUUUCUAUAUUGAGGACAUUGCACUUACUUCAAGAACAAAAUCCUUACAAGGCAUUGAAACUGAAUUCAUAGAUUCGAAGUUAUUCAGUCCAGCUGCAAGAAAAAGAGGGUUUAUUCAUAACCUCCCAACUGAGAACAGAUUUCAAUUGCUUCCAAUGCCUCCACUAACAAUUAAAGCAUCUCUACCACAAACAACCAGAUGGUGGCCAUCAUGGGAUUCAAGGACUCAGCUAGGCUGCUUACUAACUUCCACCGGAAGUGCCGAACUGACUCCGACUUGUGAGCGGAUUAGAGAAACCCUAGAAAGUAGUGGAGGAGACCCAAAUGCAGAGAACAAAAAGUUCAUUCUUUUUCAGUGUCAAAAAUGGAAUCUGGUUUGGACUGCGAAAUACAGUGUUGCACCACUUGAACCCGAAGAGGCAGAGCUAUUUCUAGGGUAUCCAGAAUUCCACACCAAAGUUGGAGGAGCUAACCGAAAUGACAGAUAUAAAGCGCUUCGGAAUUCGUUCCAGGUAGAUACCUUGGCUUACCACCUCUCCGUAUUGAAAGACCGCUUUCCAAGGGGUAUCUCAGUGCUGUCUCUUUACUCUGGAAUUGGCGGGGCCCAAAUAGCUUUGCAUCGACUUGGAAUAUCUCUGAAACUUGUUGUUGCAGUUGAGCCUUCUGAAGUUAACAGGAAGAUCUACAAGAGGUGGUGGGAGAGGAGUGGGCAGAAGGGGAAGUUAGUUGAUACCAUUACAGACAUCAAUGAACUCACAAUAGAUAAGUUAAGAAGCCUGAUUAAUUCUUACGAUGGGUUCGACUUAAUAAUUGGAGGAAGCCCAUGUAAGAAUCAACCUGGAACCCAUAAGAAGAUCGGAAAUACUCUUGAAGGGAAACUACCGGUUAAAUCUUAUGAUUUUUGCAAGAUAUUAGAUGAUGUGAAGUUCCUUAUGGCUGCGAAACAAGCAUGAAUCCGAUUUUAAAAUAUAAGUAGAAACCUUGUUUAAUGUACAGUAUGAAAACGAGAAAUAUAUAAUGUACAAAAGCUUGUCCAACUAUGUAUGUCUUUCCUCUAAUAUAAUUUUGCUUAGA